GCGUGUUGUAUGGCCAUCGGUAUGUUGUAAACAACAUGGUGGAAACCGAGAAAAAGGAAAAUGUAACUUGAAUCAGCAACUUGGCUUGGAAGAAAUCAACGACGUCCAGUCGACAAGAGUACACUCCAGCACCAUGGCACUUGUUGAUGAAAUUGGUAUUGGAGUCGGAUUGUUCCUGCUCAUAUUAAUCUGGACGAUAUCCAUUUUCCUAUGCUUAGCAUUGUCUAGGGCUAAGGGUGGUGCAGGAGCUGCUUCUGUUGUUGUUCUCAUCUUGGCUUCAGUUAUUACACUGAUUCUAUGGUACAUACCACGUUUGCCACCAGAGGGAGUUGUUGAGGAGGUCAAGGUGUAUGACUACUUCUUCAUUGCGCGGGUCUCACUUCUCACCUUCCUAAGCUUCUUCGUCCUUGUAGGAGCCUUUUUUGUUUUGGUCCACUAUGCAUCGGAGCCCAUCAAAGGAAAGGCAAUCAAAAUGAAACGUUUUUAGGACGGAGUGGAAGCACAUAUCCUGUUGGUGCUGAAAGCCUGAAUGACAUCCUGGGGGACGCAAAACUGAUCGAAUUCGAGCGUCUGUUUUCAAACAAGUCCAGUCAGAAGAGAGAUAGCAUAAACUGAUCAUUUAUUCCGUUUAAACAUUUUCUAAAGUUGCAGUUUUUUAGAUGGGUGAUGAGCUGGGUCACGAUGGAUGACAGUUACUUUUUCAGCCUUGCUGGUCAUGGCGGCAUAGAAUGGCGUGAGUGGAUAUGUGAUCUAAAAAGUGCCGUCCAUUCGUUUGAAUACAGGAUAGUUUUAUCAAUGAUGUAGGGAGAGGAAGGGGUUAAGAUAUUUUAUUAUGAGGAUAUGUGAGUUAGUUGAUCUGGCAAGGUACUGGUAGAUAGAUUUAGGACUUUGUGGAUGAUAGAACUUCAGGUUUGAGGAGAGUCUACCACUUUCAUAUGAUGUAAUUUAAUUAUUCUUGAAGAGGAUUAUAGAUAAAGUUUUAUACUUUUUAUGCA